AUGCCGACCGCGACCGCGACCUUCAAUUGGAAUAACGUAUUCAAAUCUACUAACUGUGGUCCGGUUCCCCGGCCAGGUACAAGUGGAAACACUAGCUGCGACAACUUUUCGGGACCGUUGCCCAAAGUUGUUGACUGGAGAAAUCGAUGGGGCGUUAAUUGGCUUGCAACUAUUCAGGCAAUGCUUCUCCAGGACCAAAAGGCUUGCGGUAGCUGCUGGUCAUUUGCGGCCACCGCAUUAAUGGAGACUAUCGCCCGCAUCCAACACGGCAUUUGGAACAAACGCAGUGAAGCCGAACUUCUGGAAGGCACUGGUCGUACUUGUGCUUCCGGAUACAAAGCCUUUGCUGGCCUAGAAUGGAUUAAGGGCGAAGGAAACGGUCUGGUGGAUUACACUUGCGACACAUAUGUCGACGCCGAUCGUCCCUACAUGGCAUGCAGCGAUCGAUCAGGAAGAGCUUUGAAGAUACAGGACUACUACGAACUUACUGAUAUUAAUGACCAGAAGCGAUGGUUAUGGCAGGUUGGACCGCUAGCGGCCGGUAUCGACUGCUACAGCGACUUUGGGAGUUGGACGCCAAGCAAAGGUGUGUACAAACAUACGCCGAUCUCAAACGAAAGCCAUGGAGGGCACGCAAUGCUAGUUGUUGGAUACGAUGACUAUCGGCAGUGCUGGAUCGUACGGAACUCUUGGGGGAGUGACUAUGGCGAUCAUGGCUAUGUCUAUAUUGGAUACGGAGAGGUUGCAAUCGACAGCUGGUACCGGCCGAAGCACGGUGUUACGAAUUUGUCUCCUGAUCCUCAUGCACGUGGAAGACAUUCCAACGGCAAUAUCGUCCAGAGCGGUGACGGCACCACGCAUCGCGACUUUGAGGUUCUUCGACGUAAAGUUGGUGGUAACAUGGUACGGCUUGUUCGUUCAGGCGAAGGUUCCCUUGCGUGGAGUGUCAAAGAAACCAUCAAUGUUCUUGACCCCGAGCUCCGCAAACAAUAUCCCAUAGGUUACGGCCCGAACAACCCAGUUAAAGGGCAACCAAUGCUCCUUGAAACAACCUUCGGGCGACAGAAAGAGGCAUUGUACUGGGAAGGCUACGACAAUUCCUUUACACAUUGGUAUUACAGCAAGUCCGAAAAUAGGUGGUGGAAUACACCGGCGACCGACGAUCUAUUCUAUCCCGUGAAUGGAGGAGAGAUUCGAGGCUACCCUGGCUUCAUUCAGAACGACAACUCCGACUUUACAGUUGUCGCGCACGUUUAUGUACCUUGGAUUGGCAACUCAGUUGCCCAGGCCGAUAUCAAGCAAUCUGGGCCAUCUCUUGUCCAGUCAAACAUUGGAUAUGACCUUUACGACCCGACAACAUCGGGCAAUUUGUACGUGGUGGCGGUAAAGAACGAUGGCUCCCUACAAAUGUUCUGGCGAAAGGCCAAAGACGAAGAAUGGAAAAAGGGCGAGAGGUUCGCUAUAGGCUACAACAUUGGUGACACUCCACCAGUCAUGAUCCAAGAUUUCUGGACGAAGGAUGAGAACGCAUUCGGAGGCUUUCAGCUACUAGUCGCCCACAAUGGCCAUGUGGAUCAUUGGCAGCGAGUCAACGAUGACAUCCUCAAGACUCCGCCUGUAGACGGGUCUCAAGGGAAAUGGCAGCAGAUGGCCACUUUCGGUAGUAACAUUAGGCAUGUAUGGGGUUUGGUGCAAGGUAGCUUCAAUCACGCCCUUGAAGCUAUUGUGGAAGAUAACAAUGGCGAUUUGUGGCACUGGCAGUAUACUGGAACAUGGAAGCAGGUUGCGAAGCUGCCUUCUGCCUGA